AUGGUGGUGGAGAGGACACUGCUUGCUGCAAGGCAGGGGGAUGUACAAACUCUGAAAGUGCAAUUUGCGGAGAAAGUACUGAACAGUGACGUAAAGGACCUUCUCGGAGCCUCACCUGUCCACCAUGCCGCCCGUGCUGGAAAACUGACUUGCCUACGUUUCCUCGUGGAAGAAGCGGGCUUACCGGGCAACAGUUUGGCGAAUAAUGGCGCCAGCCCCGCACACGACGCUGCUGCCACUGGUAACCUGGCCUGCUUACAGUGGCUAUUAACUCAAGGUGGAUGUCGUACCGCGGUGAGUGGGGUUAUUUUAUUGCUACAUAGCCUACAGUAGGCCUACAUAGCUUUUUUAAAAGGCUAAUAGUUCCCUAAUACAGCCAACAUCAUUCAUCACACAGGCUUAUUGUUAUCAUUUUAAGACCAGUCAGAGGUCUAUAGGACAACUUCUAGGGCAGCAAGGUCGAGGCCUACAGUAUCUUGAAUUUCCAAUCCAUUAGUCCUGUAGCCCAGACCUGAAAAACAUAAAUUAGGUCUAUUGUUUCCCAAGAGUAGUCAUCUUGGACUAGGCCCAAGCCUACCCAUCUCCUCUCUUAGGUCAUUAUUUGCUUGACUGUCAAAUUGAGCAUUUCGCCACAUUUCCAGCCUGACAAUUACAUUAAUCACUUCUUCACACCACUUCAGCAUAAAACAAUUAGUCACUCAGACAGUUCUUUGACCUUUAUUGUAGACCUAAGAGGAUAAAAUGUAAAUGUAAAUAACCCUUGUCUCUACUACCCCCAAUGAUUUAUAUAUAGGCCUACACUAGAUGACUGAUGGGGGCGCUGGGAUCUUGGCACUCCCCCACCAUUGUAAAACAUAUUUUGCAUUUUAUAAAGAUCUACAUUCGUUUUUGCACAUUUAUUCUAUUACAGACAACUUAAUGCAUACUUUUAAAAUUAUAUUAUGCAAGCUAAACAUAUAAAUAAAACAUUAAAAAAUAUAUAAAACAUUUUCCUUAAAGUAUCAUUUUUAGAGAUUACUAAUAAAAUAAUUAUAUAAAUGCAAUUUUGUCCUUGAAACAUUUCAUUUAAAUAAUGUAGAAUACCAUUCAAAAGCCUCUCAAUGGCUAAUACAUAGCAUCAGCAAUCCAGGGUUUAUAUACUGUACAUCAUUGACUACAGCACUUUUCUUUAGGCUUGUGCAGGCUUUUGUCUCAAUGAACAACACAUGGUCAGGAUAAUUGUGCUAUGGUAUCUAAGGGCUAAAGGCACACCAGUUGCCAUUGAGAAUACCUGAGAUUAUUAUUAGUUAUUACUCUGUAAUUAUCAUCAAUACCCAUUCAAAAGGAAGUGUAUCAUUACUCACCACAGCAGGCAUUCCAGUGUACUUAGUUCUAUACAACAAUGUCACCUAUGCUGGACUCAUUUGAUAUGAUUUUUACAACAGCUUGAGAAAAAUGUCACCUAGACCCAAGGUCCUCAUGCUGACUGUGUAGGGACUGGACCAUUUGGGAAAAUGUGGGGGAAAAGUCAUUUUGGUAAAAGCGCAUUGACUUCCAUGCACAAACUUAACUCUGUCUACCCAAUGGCACAGGUUACAUAAAUGUUUGGCCUCACUUCAGCAUUCUGGGAAAUAUAAAGAAGAAAAUAAUUAAUGUCAUAUUCUUGUGAAAAAGACAUUCACUUUCCUCCCUCUAUAUUAAUCAUAACAAGAAGUCUGACUUAUCCACAUAAAACAGCAUUUGAGCCCAAUAAUACAUCUGGGUAAUUUCACACUUGAGUCAGUAGUGACAUUGGCUACAAGAUUUGACAAAAUCCUUCUCGGUCAAAGAGUCACAAGGAUGUAUUCAGCUCUAAUCAUCAUAUCUAUUAGCAGUAGAGUAGUGGUGCGCACCGAUAUUGAUAAUUCGAUACUAAUCAUACGUCACUUUCCCUGAAUAUUAAUUUACAACACGUACUAUAAUGUCACACACCCACACUGUGUAUCAAACUUUAGGAUUCAUUGAAAUAUUUGAGGACAUGACAUUUGACUUAUGAAUUACUGAAUAUUAUUGAGUACGCCAUUAGUCCAAUGUCACCUAAACACAUGUCUGAAAGUAAACUAUAUAAUGUACCUUAUCACAGGAGGUUGGUGGCACCUUAAUUGGGGAGGAUGGGCUCGUGGUAAUGGCUGGAGCGGAAUAAGUGGAAUGGUAUCAAAUACAUCAAACACCUGGUUUGCUAUGUGUUUGAUGCCAUUCCAUUAACUCCGUUCCAGCCAUUAUUAUGAGCCGUCCUCCCCUCCGCAGCCUCCAUUGCUUCUUAUAAGUGUUUUGAAAUGUAACCACUGAAAUAAUAGUUUAUUGUUUUGGCUCAGUCUAGAAGACUCUAGUAGCUGUGUGUUACUUAAUUUGGGUACUUGAAGAGUGUUAAAUCUGUACAAGGGACAAAACCCUAUAUAAGCACAUUCAUAUGGGAUUAGAAGUUUGGAAAGCGGUACGCUCUGACAUCUUUGUCCGCACAAUGAAUUAGGUUAAUUACUUAUCUUUCGAUAACUCUAUUCACCAUGUUCCAAUCACUUAGUCUGGACUAGGACUGAAAGACACUGGCAUUCACACUGCUUUGUUCACUGACCAAUUUGGCAAAAAUGCGGCCAUAACAAUGCGGGAUCGAUCAGUAGAUAAAGGUGCUCAAAGUUGACCAAUUUUGCAUACCCCACCAUACCAUGAGACAUCCAUGUCUUCAUCACUGGAAAAUAUAAACGGUUGAGUUUGAUAUCAUUUAAAAGAUUACAAACAGUGUUGUCAAACUAUUUUAUUACUUGAAAACAUUCUUUAAUCAAAAUUGUCAUUUUUAAACCUUUAACGUAAAUGAUCUAAAAACGUGCAAACUCUGGGUUUUUUUUCAUAAGCAUAUGUUUUAGCUUAGACCCUAUUUCACAUCAUCUGAGGUUUUUGUGUCUUGCCUUCCAUGGCUUGAGACACAACAUUAUCUUGAAUGUAGGGUGGGUGUCAUUUCAAUCAUAUAAAUAUAAUUCAUAGAAUGGACCUAUCCCUUCAGAACACUGAAAUUUAGCUGGAACACCAUUUGAAAUUGAAUUGAAAUUGAAACUUCUAAUUACCACGACCGCUGAUCCACCCACGUCGAAUGUCAACUUAAAUCGUCAUGUCUAUUAUCUAUAUUUCUAUGAUUUCAAUAGGUUUCCUAUGGAGGAUUGACAGUAUAAUUUAAAACAACAGAUAUUCCUAUUCUAGUCAACAUUCUCUGAUGUGUGGACCUCCAACCAUCUUUGUGGUACAUUUUCAAAGUUUUCAAACCGAUAGCGGGCACAACACAACCUUAGAUGGUGUAAAUUAGUGUCUAAGCUACAACAUAUUCGAAUAUGGGGGAAAAAAACGGAAGUUUACACGUUUUUAGAGAAUUCACAUAAAAAACAUGUAUAAAAUAGUUUGACAACCCUGUUUGUAAGCGUUUAAAUGAUAUCAAUCUCAACCGUUUAUAUUUUCCGGUGAUGAAGACAUGGAUGUCUCAUGGUAUGGUGGGGUAUGUAAAAUGGGUCAACAUUGAGCACCUUUAUCUCUUGAAUGUUUUGGCAUUCAGGUCCAAAAAUUCACUUUCUAAGUACUUCUACAAUGGGCAAAUAUGUAUGGAAGGUUUCGUUCAAAUCAAAAAGAGUGCUGUCAAAAAGUGAUUGCAUUCAAAUAGAUUUGCAUAAACGUCUCAAAAGGUCUGAAAAGGAAGUUAAGGGCAAAGGAGGAAAGAUGGAGCAUCUCUCUUCCUCUCUCUGGCUGUUCUACCAUACAGUGAGGGAAAAAAGUAUUUGAUCCCCUGCUGAUUUUGUACGUUUGCCCACUGACAAAGAAAUUAUCAGUCUAUAAUUUUAAUGGUAGGUUUAUUUGAACAGUGAGAGACAGAAUAACAACAAAAAAAUCCAGAAAAACGCAUGUCAAAAAUGUUAUAAAUUGAUUUGCAUUUUAAUGAGGGAAAUAAGUAUUUGACCCCCUCUCAAUCAGAAAGAUUUCUGGCUCCCAGGUGUAUUUUAUACAGGUAACGAGCUGAGAUUAGGAGCACAGUCUUAAAGGGAGUGCUCCUAAUCUCAGCUUGUUACCUGUAUAAAAGACACCUGUCCACAGAAGCAAUCAAUCAAUCAGAUUCCAAACUCUCUACCAUGGCCAAGACCAAAGAGCUCUCCAAGGAUGUCAGGGACAAGAUUGUAGACCUACAUAAGGCUGGAAUGGGCUACAAGACCAUCGCCAAGCAGCUUGGUGAGAAGGUGACAACAGUUGGUGCGAUUAUUCGCAAAUGGAAGAAACACAAAAUAACUGUCAAUCUCCCUCGGCCUGGGGCACAAUGCAAGAUCUCACCUCGUGGAGUUGCAAUGAUCAUGAGAACGGUGAGGAAUCAGCCCAGAACUACACGGGAGGAUCUUAUCAAUGAUCUCAAGGCAGCUGGGACCAUAGUUACCAAGAAAACAAUUGGUAACACACUACGCCGUGAAGGACUGAAAUCCUGCAGCGCACGCAAGGUCCCCCUGCUCAAGAAAGCACAUAUACAGGCCCAUCUGAAGUUUGCCAAUGAACAUCUGAAUGGUUCAGAGGAGAACUGGGUGAAAGUGUUGUGGUCAGAUGAGACCAAAAUCGAGCUCUUUGGCAUCAACUCAACUCGCCGUGUUUGGAGGAGGAGGAAUGCUGCCUAUGACCCCAAGAACACCAUCCCCACCAUCAAACAUGGAGGUGGAAACAUUUUGCUUUGGGGGUGUUUUUCUGCUAAGGGGACAGGACAACUUCACCGCAUCAAAGAGACGAUGGACGGGGCCAUGUACCGUCAAAUCUUGGGUGAGAACCUCCUUCCCUCAGCAAGGGCAUUGAAAAUGGGUCGUGGAUGGGUAUUCCAGCAUGACAAUGACCCAAAACACACGGCCAAGGCAACAAAGGAGUGGCUCAAGAAGAAGCACAUUAAGGUCCUGGAGUGGCCUAGCCAGUCUCCAGACCUUAAUCCCAUAGAAAAUCAGGUGGAGGGAGCUGAAGGUUCGAGUUGCCAAACGUCAGGCUCAAAACCUUAAUGACUUGGAGAAGAUCUGCAAAGAGGAGUGGGACAAAAUCCCUCCUGAGAUGUGUGCAAACCUGGUGGCCAACUACAAGAAACGUCUUACCUUUGAUUGCCAACAAGUACUAAGUCAUGUUUUGCAGAGUGGUCAAAUACUUAUUUCCCUCAUUAAAAUGCAAAUCAAUGUAUACUUUUUCACUUAAAAUGUAUGCCAAACAAAAACCAUUGAUUUCAAAGUUUAACAAACCAUACAACUCUAUGCACAAGGACUACAUUUAACAAUUUACACUGAACAUUUUACAAAAAUACUUACUGGAAGAACUGUGCAGAUGCAAAGUUUGGUAACAUAGUUUAAUUAAAAUUAAAACACCCUUUGGGGGGGAUUAGGGGUGGGUGUGUGUGUGUGUGUGUGAGAGUCAGGAGUUGGAAGGAAAGUCUUCAAAGGAAGGGGAGUGCCUGCUGGUCAGGGAAAGAAAGGAUGGUGCUGAGUUUUUUUUCAUGCUUUGGUUUUGAACAGUGUGAGCAGAGUCAGACACAGAAGGAACAAUAGAGAGAGGCUGGGAGAGGGAGAAGGGCUGGGAGGGAGCGGGAGCGAGAGAGGCUGUGAGGGAGAGGGGAAUGGUAUCAAAUUUGCAGAAAUUCCAUAACCAAUUUUUUCUGAAAUUCAAUUUUUAAUCACUUUUAUAAUUAAUAAACCAAAAUGAUAUCAGUAAAAACACUAACUAAUUGAUAGGUCUGCCUUUAAUUGUUACUUCUGUGAACUUUCAAUAUCCUCCCUCAUGAGGGAGAGAAAUGUGAAACUAUCUUAAAAGAUAUGUGGGUUUUUGGUAAUGGAAUUAAGGCACAAGGCAAUGUUUCUUAAACUUACAGAAGGCAGUAACAUUUCUCAAACUAAAUAUCUGUUGAAAUUAGUUGGCAGGGGUCUUUACUUCAACAUUAUACCUUUUUAAGACUUUUUCUGGUAGAUGUUUUCUAAGAUCCCUUUUCCAUCUGUUUGACCAGAAAGCCUUUGCUUAUUCCUAGGAUGUUAAAUGGUUGAAAAAUUUAUAUAUGCCUUAAUAAAUAAAUAAAUAGACUCUUAGCUUUCAUUUGCCACCCAAUUUGACAUGCUCCUAUGAACUUCAUAUGUUGGUGCUCAUGGGUCUUUUACAUUGAAAUGACCUUUAUGCCAUCAGUCUUACUAAUGCUAUGCAAAUCACCUCCUUGAAUAAGCUCAGCUAAACCCUCAUGACAGACCGUCCAACAACAUAUUUGGGGGAUAAUGAGCGGUUACUCUCCCCAAACCAAUGGAAUGUCUACUACUACUACUACUACUACUACUACUACUACUACUACUACUACUACUACUACUUUGCCCUUUCAGUAUUUAUCUUUUCAAUAAACUAGUGCUAGUAAAAGGAGUAGCCUAAUAAGUGCUCCCUUCAUUACCGCCACAUACACUUAGUGUACAAAGCAUUAGGAACACCUGCUCUUUCCAUUACAUAGACUGACCAGGUGAAUCUAGGUGAAAGCUAUGAUCCCUUAUUGAUGUCACUUGUUAAAUCCACUUCAAUCAGUGUAGAUGAAGGGGAGGAGACAGGUUAAAGAAGGAAAAUGUUUUCUGUUCUAAAGGCAAAGGGGGGUGCAAAUCAAUAUUAGGAAGGUGUUCCUAAUGUUUUGUACACUCAGUGUAUGUUCACCAUUCACUGAUAGGCUUGAGUGGCUGGCUGACCAUACAACCACCACAAAGAGUGUAAGUGAUAAGUGAAUUGGCUGACAUUUGUAUAUGGUCUCUCUUACCAUUAGUCAUGUAAUCUAGAUGAGGUUUGACACAGUGGGUGCUCCUUGUUGGUUUCCACACUAUGUCAGCGGGUCACUGACAUCGCUUCAGAGCAUCCUUGACACACAUCACUUGUUUUGUGAAAGUGGUUUCUGGUGCAAACACUUGAUACCCAAAUAAGAUAAUAGAUUAACAUAUUUUAAAGUAUUUAUCAGGGUUACCCUACACUGAGUGUACAAAACAUUAGGAACACCUUCCUAAUAUUGAGUUGCACCCCCUUUUGCCCCAGAACAGCCUCAAUUCGUCGGGGCAUGGACUCUACAAGGUGUGGAAAAGUGUUCCACAGGGAUGCUGGCCCAUGUUGACUCCAAUGCUUCCCACAGUUGUGUCAAGUUGGCUGAUGUCCUUUGGGUGUUGGACCAUUCUUGAUGCACACGGGAAACUGUUGAGUGUGAAAAACCCAGCAGCGUUGCAGUUCUUGACACACUCAAACUGGUGCGCCUGGCACCUACUACCAGACCCUGUUCAAAGGCACUUAAAUCUUUUGUCUUGCCCAUUUACCCUCUGAAUGGCACACAUACACAAUCCAUGUCUCAAUUGUCUCAAGGCUUAAAAAUCCUUCUUUAACCUGUCUCCUCCCCUUCAUCUACACUGAUUUGAAGUGGAUUUAACAAGUGACAAUAAGGGAUCAUAGUUUUAAACUGGAUUCACCUGGUCAGUCGGUCAUGGAAAGAGCAGGUACACUCAGUGUAUAUCUCUACAACGAUAGUUUCAGAACAGUACCAGUCAAAGGUUUGGACACACCUACUCAUUCCAGGGUUUUCCUUUAUUUUUACUAUUUUCUACAUUGUAGAAUAAUAGUGAAGACAUCAAAACUAUGAAAUAAAACAUGGAAUCAUGUAGUAACCAAAAAAGUUAAACAAAUCAAAAUAUAUUUAAUAUUUUAGAUUCUUCAACGUAGCCACCCUUUGCCUUGACAGCUUUGCACACUCUUGGCAUUCUCUCAACCAGCUUCAUGAGGUAGUCACCUGGAAUGCAUUUCAAUGAACAGGUGUGCCUUGUUAAAAGUUAAUUUGUGGAAUUUCUUUCCUCCUUAAUGCUUUUGAGCCAAUCAGUUUUGUUGUGACAAGGUAGGGGUGGUAUACAGAAGAUAGCCCUAUUUGGUAAAAUACCAAGUCCAUAUUAUGGCAAGAACAGCUCAAAUAAGCAAAGCGGAACGACAGUCCAUCAUUCCUUUAAAACAUGGUCAGUCAAUCUGGAAAAUUUCAAGAACUUUGAAAGUUUCUUCAAGUGCAGUCGCAAAAACCAUCAAGCGCUAUGACGACACUGGCUCUCAUGAGGACCGCCACAGGAAAGGAAGGCCCAGAGUUACCUCUGCUGCAGAGGAUAAGUUCAUUAGUUACCAGCCUCAGAAAUCGGCAAUUAACUGUACCUCAGAUUGCAGCCCAAAUAAAUGUUUCACAGAGUUCAAGUAACAGACACAUCUCAACAUCAACUGUUCAUAGGAGACUGCGUGAAUCAGGCCUUCAUGGUCGAAUUGCUGCAAAGAAACCACUACUAAAGGACACCAAUAAGAAGAAGAGACUUGAUUGGACCAUGAAACACGAGCAAUGGACAUUUAGACCGGUGGAAAUCUGUCCUUUGGUCUGGUGAGUCCAAAUUUGAGAUUUUUGGUUCCAACCGCCGUGUCUUUGUGAGAUGCAGAGUAAGUGAACGGAUGAUCUCUGCAUGUGUGGUUCCCACCGUGAAGCAUGGAGGAGGUGUGAUGGUGUGGGGGUGCUUUGCUGGUGACACUGUCUGUGAUUUUAUUUAGAAUUCAAGGCACACUUAACCAGCAUGGCUACCACAGCAUUCUGCAGCGAUACGUCAUCCCAUCUGGUUUGCGCUUAGUAGGACUAUCAUUUGUUUUUCAACAGGACAAUGACCCAAAACACACCUCCAGGCUGUGUAAGGGCUAUUUGACCAAGGAGAGUGAUGGAGUGCUGCAUCAGAUGACCUGGCCUCCACAAUCACCCGACCUCAACCCAAUCUCCUGAGUGGCGCAGUGGUUCCAGGCUCUGUCCUGAACAGCUAAUCAUGGCUACCCGGACUAUUUGCACUGCCCCCCCCCCCAUCCUUUUUACGCUGCUGCUACUCUGUUAAGUAUUUAUGCAUAGUCACUUUAACUCUCCCACAUGUACAUAUUACCUCAACUACCUCAACUAGCCGGUGCCCCCGCACUUGACAAUGCAACAGUAACCCCCCUGUAUAUAUAGCCUCCCUACUGUCACUUUAUUUUACUGUAUAUAUAGCCUCCCUACUGUCACUUAUUUUACUUCUGCUCUUUUUUACUCAACACUUUUUUUGUUGUUGUUUUAUUCUUACUUUUUUGUUUAAAAUAAAUGCACUGUUGGUUUAAAGGGCUGUAAGUAAGCAUUUCACUGUAAUGUCUGCACCUGUUGUAUUCGGUGCAUGUGACCAAUAAAAUUUGAUUUGAUUUGUCGUAGCCGGCCGGGACCGGGAGACCCAUGGGGCGGCGCACAAUUGGCCCAGCGUCGUCCAGGGUAGGGGAGGGAAUGGCCGGCAGGGAUGUAGCUCAGUUGGGUAGAGCAUGGCAUUUGCAACGCCAGGGUUGUGGAUUUGAUUCCAGUAUGACAUUUAAAAAAAAAAAAUUAUGUAUGCACUCUGGUAAGUCGCUCUGGAUAAGAGCGUCUGCUAAAUGACUAAAAUGUAAAUUGAAAUGGUUUGGGUUGAGUUGGACCGCAGAGUGAAGGAACAGCAGCCAACAAGUGCUCCGCAUAUGUGGGAACUCCUUCAAGACUGUUGGAAAAGCAUUCCCCAUGAAGCUGGUUGAGAGAAUGCCAAGAAUGUGCAAAGCUGUCAUCAAGGCAAAGGGUGGCUACUUUGAAGAAUCUAAAAUAUAUUUUGAUUUGUUUAACACUUCUUUGGUUACCACAUGAUUCCAUAUGUGUUAUUUCAUAGUUUUGAUGUCUUCACUAUUAUUCUACAAUGUAGAAAAUAGUACAAAUAAAAUAAAAACCCUUGAAUGAGUAGGUGUGUCCAAACUUUUGACUGGUACUGUAUAUUUUUCAACCACUUGUGUCUACUCCUUAAAGCUAUCUUGAAUACAGAGCAUACUGAUGAUCAAUGUGAACUUUGAUUCAAGACUACUCAGGAUGUUAAUGUUUAAAUUAAUAUGAUCGGCAUUAAGUCGUGAAACCUGACUUUGAUAUUUCCUGUGUCUUUCCUCUUUCACAGGACCGGGAUAGUUCUGGAGCCACCGUUCUCCACCUCGCCUCCCGGUUCAGCCAUCACGAGAUCACAGAUUGGCUGCUGAAGAGCGGGGAGGCGGACACCGGGGCGUCCACAGACACUGGGGCCCUGCCUGUCCACUAUGCUGCUGCCAAGGGAGACCUGCCCUCCCUCCGUCUCCUGUUGGGACACAGCCCA